GUAAGCCUUCUCUUGCCUCUCGCAGCUGUUUCUCGCUUCAAGCUUGUGCUUGCAAAAUCUACAGCACCUCCGUCUUUCGUUGCCGGAAUGCAGCGGCGUCAAUGUGUGGCAUUAUGCUUCAUCUUCAUGCUGGCCGGGGCAGAGGCGGCUCGCACCGCCGAGUCCGCGAAUGUCAUGCACUCCGUGGUGCUCCACAGCGGGCGCCGGAGCUCGCAGAGCUUCGAGGGCACGAUGGAUGUUGCCGGCUCUGAGAUGAUCCCUUCGUCGGAUUCGCUAAUGAGACGUCUCACUGCACUGAAUACGAGUGCCGAGGAUGUGCAAGAUGGCAAAGGCUUUUGGCGAGUGAAAAACUGCAUGAUGACAUGCCCGCUGAUUUGGACAAAAAUUAUCUACCACUCUUGGCUGGCGAGAUCUGAUGCGAAGAAGAUCGUGGCUGACUCCUUCGCAGCCGGCGACGAUGUCGCCAUGCUGCCAAGUGUGAGUCAACUACUUGGAGACUCCUUCCGUGGGACUAUGCGCAAGACCGUCUGGACUUUCCUCAAGGUGAUAGACGACAGCGUUGUCCAGCGGAUUUUGCUCGCUCUGUUCUUUGCACCGUUAGGUCUCUUCCGAGUCCUGACGAAGAUGUCUCCGCUUGGCUUGUGCUUCCUGAAGCAGGCGUGGAAGGACUUGGAGGCCAACGAAGACUACGA